UGAUUUGUUAGGGCUAACAUGUCUUCUCGGUAUUAUUGCAUCGGUCUCAGCAUCAUCUUUUCAGGUAUUACAGCUUUGAUAGUGUGGUCUGCUCUUCGCGGGUAUCGGCUUCCGGCAUGCUCCGUCGAAGUCUUUUAUGUGCCGUGCCUUAAUGUGACCGAUAAUUCUACCUCCGCCCGAAGCAACCACACUCUUUACUUCGAUAUAAGGCUCAAAAACCGAGAGCCUUUUCACGGGGUUCGCUACGACGAUAUCAAAAUGACUUUCUUUUAUGGUCAAAAUAGUAGCCUGAAUCCCAUCGGCGACUAUAAAGUCCCCAGGUUCUACCAGGGUUACCGCAAGGAAGCUCGCCGGAAAGCAUUAGUGGAGACUUACGGGGUGCCGUGGGAGGCUGCUCGUGCCAACGUGUCAAACCGGUCAACGGUGACUUUCCGGGUUGGACUUGCCACUCGGGUGACAUACAAAGCUUGUGAUGAGCAUGGUUGUUCUUACCAUACAUAUGAUUUGAUCGAAGGGGCAAAUGUCGACGUCGACGGAUCUGGUCGGAAAGUCAACAAGCAGCGUAUUAGGCUGAAAUCCGCUGCUCCAGAUCAUAUUCGCCAUCAUGUGUUUCUGGGGCUUCCGGUUAUACUUUAUUUUUUGGGUAUUAUAGCUUUGAUCGUGUGGUCAGCUGUUCGUGGAUAUAGACUGCCGGCGUGUUCCGUCGAAGACUUUUAUGUGCCGUGCCUAAACGCGACCAAUAAUUCCACCUCCGGCCGAACCAACCACACUCUUUACUUGGUUCUCAGGCUCCAAAAUAGGGAGCUCCUUCAAGUUGCGCGCUACGACGAAAUUAAUGUCACCUUCUUUUACGGUGAAACUAUGAUUCCCGUUGGAAACUAUACUUUCCCGAGAUUCCACCAGGGUUAUCACAAAAGAGCUCUCCGGAAAGCGUUGGUGGAGACUGACGGAGUGCCGUGGGAGGCGGCUUAUGCCAACGUGUCAAACGGGUCAACGGUGACUUUCUGGGUAGAACUAGCCACCCGGGUGACAUACAGAUCUUGUUACGACAGUGGUUGCUCGUACCAUACCUAUGAUUUGGUGGAAGAGGCUAAGGUAUCUGUGGAUGGAUCUGGCCAGAGAGUCAACAAGAAGGGCAUUAGGCUCAAGUCCGCCGCAGCAGGUCAUACUCGUCGUCCUGGAGGCUUUCUUGGACUUUCAGUUAUGCUGCUAAAUUUUUUAGUUCUGCUGGUCUGA